ACAUACAAACACAUCCACAAAACCACAACAAUGCCACCAUGCGACCCCAACUACACCUCCUGCGCUCCCAUCGUCCAAGACAUCCAAACCGUUGUAGCUGAUCUUGAUGGCGGUCUCCUCAUCUCUCGAAAUCCCUUCCCUUAUUUCAUGCUCAUCGCCAUCGAGGCCGGCAGCCUCCUUCGCGGCCUCCUCCUCCUCCUCCUCUCUCCUCUCAUCCACCUACUCUACACGUUCGUAUCCGAACCAACAGCAAUCCAGCUCAUGAUCUUCAUAUCCAUGUUUGGAUUGAAGAUCCGAGACAUUAGGACGACCGCACGUGCCGUCCUGCCAAGAUUCUAUGCGGCGGAUGUCCGCGAGGACAGCUGGCGGGAAUUCAGUAGCGUGUGUGGUAGGAGGAUUGCUGUGACGGCAAUCCCAACGGUGAUGGUUGAGCCGUUCGUUAGGGAUUUUCUUGGUGGGGAUGGAGUGCUGGGAACGGAAAUCGACGUGAAUCCUAGAUCCGGGCGGGCAACUGGGUUUGUUAAAAUGCCAGGUGUUUUGGCGGGAAAAUUGAAGAAGUUGGCGAUUAAGCAAGAGUUCGGCGACGAAUCGCCGGAUUUGGGGAUUGGAUGUGAGGCGUCUGAUCAUGAUUUUGUGUCCCUCUGCAAGAAGGGUUAUAAUAUUGUCCACCAGGGCAGUUCAGCCGUUCCUGUCCAUCAGGACCCCCUCAAUCGCCGCAUCAUCUUCCACGACGGCCGUCUAGUUCAACGGCCCACCUCUCUCAAUGCCAUCAUCACCUUCCUCUGGAUCCCCCUAGGCUUCAUACUAGCCGUCGUCCGAAUCUUUUUCCACAUCCCACUUCCCAUCUACAUGGUGCACCGUUCGGCUCGCAUUUUCGGCGUCAACAUUAUAAUUCAUGGCCAGCCUCCACCGCCGCCCUCCCCGGGCUCUCCUGGUUUCAUCUACGUGUGCAACCACCGCACAGCCAUUGAUCCUCUCAUCAUUGCGAUCGCCCUCGGACGCAAGGUCUCGUGUGUCACUUACAGCCUAGGCCACUUCUCUGAGCUCGUGUCCCCCAUACCAACAGUCCCAUUAACAAGAGAUCGUGCAACUGAUGCAGCUCGCAUCUCAGCCCUCCUCAGUGAUGGCGAUCUUGUAAUUUGCCCUGAGGGUACCACAUGUCGUGAACCGUUCUUGCUACGGUUCAGUGCCUUGUUCGCCGAACUGAGUGACCGGAUCGUGCCGGUAGCGGUCAAUACUGCCCCAAGCAUGUUCUAUGGAUCAACAGUUAGGGGGUGGAAGUCGAUGGACCCGUUCUUCGUCUUCAUGAACCCUAGGCCCAUUUUUGAAAUCACUUUCCUGGACCCUAUGCCAACUGAGAUGACAUGUACCGGCGGGAGGACCGCGAUAGAAGUCGCGAAUCAUGUGCAAAGGUUGUUGGGGUGCACACUAGGGUUUGAGUGCACCACAUUGACUAGGAAGGAUAAGUACAUGAUGCUAGCAGGCCACACUGGGGUGGUGGACAACUCAUCUAAAAUGGAGCCCAGCAAGAGUCAGUGAGCUCUUGUCUCAAUAUACAUUUCGAAAUGAACUUUUGAAAAUUUGGUUUUGGCAUAAUGUGAGAAGUAAUGGGCGUACGGUUGUUGGUAGUGAUCCCGUGCGCACCCAAGUCGAGCCCACGGAAAAUAUUGAUAAGAUGAUAUUGGAAUAUUGAAUAGGCUUAGAGGGGUGUUUUGUUCAUUUGAAGAAUAUCUACUUUGUUGAUUGUAAUGUAACAUAUAUAUUAAGUGUUCGUUUGGCUA